AUGAAGGUUCAGUCGAAAACUACCUUUCUCGAGAAUUCUCGACUGGUUGCUAUUUGGUUAAGAGAGGACUCGGUUCGCUCGACGGACAUCCCCGGAGACGGUCGACAAGUCCCGGGCUGCUGUCCGGUAACCGGACGUGGAAAAACAGGAUGUUCGAGGCUCUCGGCAAGGGAUCGACCCGCUUCUCUUCUCGCCCGGGCCCCGAAGGACUGCUGUGUUGGAUUAUCUGGCUUUCAUAAGGGCAUGUAUCUGGGAGGAGAUUGCCCACGUGUCAUGUUCUUAUUGGGUAUUGUGGCUGAUGAUUGCCCACGUGUCAUGUUCUUAUUGGGUAUUGUGGCUAAUAAGAAAAUUCAAUUAGACGAGUGUGGAACAUUUGGAAGUGGUGGGAUCGUAUAUGGCAGGGAGCAAGUACUUGCGGCCGUUGGUGCCAUGGGCAUUGUCCCCCGCAUAGCCCGGGUAGGCCCCUUUCCCGUAAACUCCAGGGCAGGCAGUUGCGGCUUCCAGCGGGGCCUCGGCGGAGCCCUGAUAGUAGCCAUUCCCGAAGGGAUUGGUGGCGGUGCCCGCGAGAAGCCCACUCAAGCUCAUGACUAUAGCGUCGAGGCCCACGUCGUUGUUGGGCGGCACCAAUGGUGGGCUCUGUGGGCCGUAAUUGGGCUGGUGGAAAGGCCAGCCGCAGUACCCGGGGCACUGGGUCUCCGAGUUGCCCACCCAUAUGUAGGCGAACUUGGAAUAACUCUUGGGGCCGGAGACUCUGCUGGAACCGUGGGUCCCGCAGCGGUUGAGGCAGAAGCCGUUGACGGUGACAACGACAUUGACGGCGUUAGAGUGGUCACCCCUGGAUGCCAGCUGGACGAUGUGUUUGUCGGAGAGGGACUUACCGAGGGAGUAGUCUUCGUCAAGGAUCUGCCGGCCGAGGCGGAGGGAGAGAGAGUUGGGUCUUCCGGCGAGGUGGUAGUACUUCUCCACCGUCUUCCACCACGCGCCGACGGACUGCUGGUUUCCGGCCGGAGCCGAGACGGAGAUGAGAUUGACGGCGAUUUUGCCGCGGAGGAGGGCGCCCUUGUGGUAGCGGAGGAGCUGCUGCUGUGGAUCUCCGGCACCACUUGUGAUUGUUCUGGAAGCGGAGGAGGAGAGGCUCAAUAG